UCGCAUCAAACCCAUCAAAUUCAAUUGGUUUUAGUUCUACGAGCUGUGAGAAAACGGUUUGACAAGGAAAUGGAUUCAAAUCUAAACGUUCAUCAAAAAAUUGUCGAGAUUUCGCUAAAGAAUUACCAUUCCAACGAAAAUCCGUGGAAACUGGCGACCAUUGGAAGUGUCGGCCGUGGAUUGAUAGCAACUCGCGAUAUCAACGUGAAUGAAUUAAUUUUUUGCGAACCGCCGCUUCUUAUUGGACCGGUUGGCAAUGAAAAAGAUGAUCUCGUUUGUUCGCUUUGCUAUAAACCGAUCACCGAAACCGAUAAGUGUUCUGACUGUUCGCUGCCGGUGUGUCCGAGUUGUUCGGAAAUGGGUAGGCAUGUGGAGUGUAGCUUUUUAAAGUCGUUGAACUUACACGGUAAGGGGUCGCUACAAAUGGUUAGGUCAUUGACUGCUAUUCGUGGUCUAUUCCUUGAUGAAAGUGAAAAAGAAGUUUUGAAUCUAUUGCAGUGUAAUCGUACUGGAGAUAUCGUUAAUUCGAUUAAUAAUCUGCUUAACGAAGGUAAUGAAAGUAGUGAGAACGCACGCGACGAACUUAUUCGCGUGGCUUCAGUCCUAAGCACGAAUGCCUUUCAAAUCGUUUCCUUAUCAAACCAUUACCACCUAAACCUGCGCGGUUUGUAUCCACUCAUGAGUCUGAUUAACCAUAGUUGCACAGCGAACGCUCGAUAUUGCACCGACACUAAUUACGUUACGAGUCUUUACGCACGCAAACCAAUCAAAAUGGGAGAACAAAUAUCGAUAAGUUAUGCCAAAGUUUUAUGGAGCACACCAUCCAGGCAAAGUUAUCUGAAACUAACCAAACACUUCACCUGCAAAUGUAGCCGUUGCAUGGACCCGACGGAAGCGUCAACAUUUUUGGCAGCUGUGAAAUGUUUUGAUCGCACUUGUUCCGGAUUAACAUUACCGAUUGAUCCUACAAGCUUUGUUUCGGCAUGGAAGUGUCAAACAUGUUCCGCUUUAUCGGAAUAUAGGACUGUGCUUGGUUUACAGGAAGUUGUAUCGUGCAUGAUGAAAGGAAUAGUGGACAACGAUUCAAUUCGAGAAAUCGAUGGAUUUAUUGGAAAUCGUUUGCUGAAAGUGUUACCAGUUUCUAGUCAAUAUGUGGUGGAGUUGAAAAUGAAAAUUGCUACGAUCAACGUGAAAGACCUGUCGAUCAGUGAGUGUAAAUUGGUCGAAAAAUGCUGCCAGGACAUUUUGCAGUUGUUGGAUAAACUAGAAGCCGGUGAAUGUACGUUGAAAGGUCUUGUAGAAUUGAAACUCUUCCAGUGUCGACAACUGCUCAUGGAAACUGGCAAAAAAUCCAUGACUGAGUUCGAAUCGAAUCAACAAAGACUCCUGAUGAAUGCUUGGUCGAUACUAAAGGAUAACAUUGCUGCACCAGCCAAUUUAUCAGACACGGUAGAAAAAUAUGUUUUGUGCAAAAUUCAAAAUUUAAUAAAUUAAUU